AUGGACAUCGACAAGGACCUCCCAGCCAUCGAUGACAAGGUCCUCCACAUAUGGAUCAUUGAGAAUCUGAAGAUGGUGCCAGUACCUGAAAGGGCUUACGGUAACUUUUUCGAGGCACACUGCUACAUCGUCCUUCACGUGAGCCAGAGUCCGAAGGCCACACAGGGGACAUCGAGCGACCUGCACUACUGGGUUGGUGAGGCGUCGAGCACGGAGGCGCAGGACGCGGCGUCUACCUUUGUGCAGCGCCUACAGGAGGCGCUGGGUGACAGAACAGUGCAGCACCGCGAGGCGCAGGGGCAUGAGUCUGAGUGUUUCCUGAGCUACUUCCGCCCGGCAAUCAUCUACAGGAAGGGAGGCCUUGCCUCUGGCCUCAAGCACGUGGAGACCAACAUUUACAGCAUCCGGAGACUACUGCAUAUCAAAGGGAGGAAACACGUGUCUGCCACAGAGGUGGAGCUCUCAUGGAGCAGCUUUAACAAGGGCGACAUCUUCCUGCUGGACCUAGGCAAGGUGAUGAUCCAGUGGAAUGGGCCAAAGUCCAGCAUCUCUGAGAAGGCACGGGGGCUAGCCCUGACCUGCAGCCUCCAGGACAAGGAACGUGGUGGUCGUGCACAGGUUGGCGUGGUGGAUGAUGAGGUCAAGGCCCCCAACCUCAUGCAGAUCAUGGAGGCUGUGCUGGGCUGCAGAGUGGGCAGUCUCCAUGCCGCCAUGCCCAACAACAGUAUUAACCAGCUGCAGAAGGCCAAUGUCCGCCUUUACCAUGUCUAUGAGAAGGGUGAGAACCUGGUGGUCCAGGAGUUAGCAACCUGCCCACUGACCCAGGACCUACUGCAGGAGGAGAACUGCUACAUCCUGGACCAGGGUGGCUUCAAGAUCUACAUGUGGCAGGGACGAAGAUCCAGCCUCCAGGAGAAAAAGGCUGCCUUCAGCCGGGCAGUGGGCUUCAUCCAGGCCAAGGGCUACCCGAUCUACACUAAUGUGGAGGUAAUGAACGACGGUGCAGAGUCGGCCGCGUUCAAGCAGCUUUUCCAGACGUGGUCUAAGGACCAGGGCAAGAACAAGAAACUCGGAGGGAUUGGUAAACUGAUACAAGUAAAGCUGGAUGUGGGCAAGCUGCAGAGCCAGCCUGAGCUAGCAGCCCAGCUCAGGAUGGUGGACGAUGGUUCUGGGAAGGUAGAGAUGUGGUGCAUCCAGGACUUGUGCAGGCAGCCGGUGGACCCCAAGCAUUAUGGACAGUUGUAUGCAGGCAAUUGCUACCUUGUCCUCUACACGUAUCAGAAGCUGGGCCGUGUCCAGUACAUCCUGUACCUAUGGCAGGGCCACCAAGCCACCCCUGACAAGAUCAAGGCCCUGAGCUACAACGCCGAGGAGCUGGACCUCAUGUACCAUGGAGCCCUGGUACAGGAGCAUGUGACCAUGGGCAGUGAGCCCCCCCACUUCCUCGCCAUCUUCAAGGGCCAGCUAGUGAUCUUCCAGGGGGGCACAGGGCGCACUGGGAAGGGGCAGCCAGCAUCUGCCACCCGGCUCUUCCACGUGCAAGGCACAGACAGCCACAACACCAAGACCAUGGAGGUACCAGCCCGUGCCUCAUCCCUCAACUCCAGUGACGUAUUCCUCCUGGUCACCGCUGGCAUCUGCUACCUCUGGUUUGGGAAGGGUUGCAGUGGUGACCAGCGUGAGAUGGCACGGAUGGUGGCCACUUUCAUCUCCAGGAAAAACAAGGAAGUAGUGCUGGAGGGUCAAGAGCCUCCCCACUUCUGGGAGGCACUUGGGGGCCCGGCUCCCUACCCCAGCAAUAAGAGGCUCCCCAAGGAGGCCUCCAGCUUCCAGCCAAGACUGUUCGAGUGCUCCAGCCAGAGGGGCUGCCUGGUCCUCACAGAAGUGGUGUUCUUCAGCCAAGAGGACCUGGACAAGUAUGACGUCAUGUUAUUGGACACCUGGGAGGAGAUCUUCCUGUGGCUUGGGGAAGCUGCAAGUGAGUGGAAGAAGGAGGCAGUGGGCUGGGGCCAGGAGUACCUGAAGACCCAUCCAGCAGGGAGAAGCCCAGCCACAACCAUCAUAUUGGUCAAGCAGGGCCUUGAGCCUCCUACCUUCACUGGAUGGUUCCUCGUCUGGGACCCCUACAAGUGGACCGUGCCCAGCCCCACCAACAGCCAGCCCUAUCAGGAAGUGGUGGAGCGAAGCCUGGGAGCAGUGUCUGACAAAAUAAUAGCAGUGAGUACUGGGGCCUCCUGGGCCAUCCCCACCAUGCCUCUCUCUGAGCAGGAUAUCAACAACUUCCGACUGUCCGACUCGCCGGGUGAUGGCACAGUGAGGCCUGUGGCCCUACCGGCUCUCAAGGGCUCCCAAGACAACUCAGAGAAUGAGCUGGAGCUGGGCCCCAAGGCAGGCAGUGCUAGCACCAGUACCAGCACCAGCACCAGCAGCUAUUACAGCAGCCCCAGCUCCAUGAUCAGUGGGGUCCUGCCCCGUGAACAGCUAAUGUACCAGGCUGCUGAGGACCUGCCAGAGGGCGUUGACCCAGCCCACAAGGAGUUCUAUCUCUCAGACUCUGACUUUGAAGAUAUCUUUGGGAAGUCCAAGGAAGAAUUCUAUAGAAUGGCUAAGUGGAAGCAGCAGCAGGAGAAAAAGCAACAUGGUUUCUUCUGA